AUGGGAAAACAAUGCAAUCAAUCGCUGCUCGAUUUCUUUGUGCUGUUGCGUUUCAACGAGAAAGAACGAGAAAGAACGAGAAAGAACGAGAAAGAACGAGAAAGAACGAGAAAGAACAAGGAGGAACGAGAAAGAACGAGAAAGAACGAGAAAGAACAAGGAGGAACGAGAAAGAACGAGAAAGAACGAGAAAGAACAAGGAGGAACGAGAAAGAACGAGAAAGAACGAGAAAGAACAAGGAGGAACGAGAAAGAACGAGAAAGAACGAGAAAGAACAAGGAGGAACGAGAAAGAACGAGAAAGAACGAGAAAGAACAAGGAGGAACGAGAAAGAACGAGAAAGAACGAGAAAGAACAAGGAGGAACGAGAAAGAACGAGAAAGAACGAGAAAGAACAAGGAGGAACGAGAAAGAACGAGAAAGAACGAGAAAGAACAAGGAGGAACGAGAAAGAACGAGAAAGAACGAGUGAGAACGAAAAAGAACAAGUGAGAACGAAAAAGAACGAGAAAGGACGAGAAAGAACGAGCGAGAACGAAGAAGAACGAAGAAGAACGAAGAAGAACGAAGAAGAACGAAGAAGAACGAAGAAGAACGAAGAAGAACGAAGAAGAACGAAGAAGAACGAAGAAGAACGAAGAAGAACGAAGAAGAACGAAGAAGAACGAAGAAGAAGGAGGAACGAGAAAGAACGAGAAAGAACGAGUGAGAACGAAAAAGAACAAGUGAGAACGAAAAAGAACGAGAAAGGACGAGAAAGAACGAGCGAGAACGAAGAAGAACGAAGAAGAACGAAGAAGAACGAAGAAGAACAAAGAUGGCGGCCAUCGAUGCUCUUCACCUUACAGAUUCUCAUCGCUUCAAUGUUUUAA